UACAUCAUUGUUCCAGAAAGAUCCAGUGUUGUAUAUAAGUAGACAAGCAGGACAAGCAUCAGGUUAUAUUUAGGCAGCACUGUGCUGUUUAGAGACAAAAUGGACAUCGCCAUCCAGCAUCCUUGGUUCCGACGCUCCUUCUGGCCAUCCUUCUUUCCCAGCCGGAUCUUUGAUCAACAUUUUGGGGAACACAUUUCAGAGAGUGAUGUGCUGGCUCCCUAUCCAUCGCUAUACUUCCCACGCCCUUCCUUCUUUCGCUUGCCCAGCUGGAUGGAUAGUGGGCUCUCUGAGAUGAAAAUGGAAAAGGACCGCUUUACCAUCAGUUUGGAUGUAAAGCACUUCUCACCCGAGGAACUGGCUGUAAAGGUCUGCGGAGAUUACAUUGAAGUUCAUGCCAAACAUGAGGAUCGCCAGGAUGACCACGGGUUUAUUUCAAGAGAAUUCUCCCGAAAAUACAGCGUCCCAACUGGAGUGGACCCAGCCAACAUCACAUCAUCUCUCUCUUCUGAUGGUGUCCUGACCAUCACGGGACCUCGCAAGCCCUCUGAUGCCCAGGAGCGCUCUAUAACCAUUACCCGCGAAGAUAAGUCUGCCGUGUCUGGCCAAAAGAAGAAGUAAAGCUGCAACGUGUUAUCAAGUCUGCCAUCACUGUUUCCCCUGCUGAUCCACUGUGCUUCCCUGCAAUUAUACUCCACUAUUGGAACUGAUCAGGCGCUGAAGGGAAUGUUAAAUACUGUAUGUAUCGGUCCAAUUGGCUGGUACAUCGAAACUAUUUACACCACUGGUAUAAUUUUUUUUUGGUUUUGUUUGCACCAUGUGGCUGCUAGUCAUAGAAGACUUCCACCAAACAAAAGGCCUUUCUUGUUUUACGAAGCCAGUAAAAACCAAACAAUGGCUGCAAAGAGUUUGUGAGGGUUUACGUGUAGGACGCCUGAGCUAUUGAGCAUUUGUUUUGAUGAAAACAAUAAAACAUAGCACGAUAGAAUUUCUAAACCUAUAAUCUAGUAUCUCAAAGAAGUGCAUGGUUUUGAUAUUCUUGUGUUUCAAAUGCAUCGAAUACGAGGUGAUGUUCUUGGGUAUAAAGAAAAAGGAAAUUUAUUCAGUGAUUUGUUUCCUGUUCACAAUGAACUUGGGACCAGAAAAUACAAAGAAAUCAGAUGCAGGUAAUUGAGGAAAGAGGAAAUGCUGUUGUGAAAAGAAAAAAAAAAAAUGUUAGUUUACUGCUCCUGUAUGACAUGUGGUGACUGGAAACCAGAGAGAGUUGAUAAGAUUCUAAAGGAAGGUAUAUAUUCAUUUUUGUCACACAUGUAAAUGUGACAGUGAAAGUAGGUACUGUAUUUGAGUGGCUUGGGAUGGAGCAUUAUCGUGUACGAGUAUAACAUAAUGAUAUCAAGUGUUACCACAGCAAUGCCUCACUGACAAAGCUGCUAAACUGUAACUGAUUCGUUCAUUUUGUGACGAUGCAUGAUACAAAUAAGAAAAAAAAAAAACAUGUUGUUAUCCAGAUUCCUCACAUGAUCUCUGUGUUCGCCAUUGCAUACUAAAUACCAAAGAGGAACAAAUGCAGGGAAGCACAAAAAUCAGCGUUUGAGUCCCAGUGGCCUUUUUACACUGUUCUGGUCCCAGCAUUUCCUUUGAAACGAAACAUAAGAGCAAAUUACUAAACUGAUUUCAGAUCAGUGAAAAAGGCUUACUGUACAUCCUACUGCUUUGUUAGUUCCCUGCUUCAACAUUCCUGACUAUUCACACCACACUACCAAAGAAAAUAUAGCCAGAACACUCUGUGUGUGUGUGUGUGUGUAUACUCAUGGCUACAAAUUAUUAAUAAAUCCUGUGGUCAUUUAAAGAUGAAA